GCGGGGGUUCAAGGGUGACGAGCGGCCGUAAAGCGCGCGAGAAAAAGGCGUCGCGGACUUCUUUGCGACCGGCGGGCCUGGUACGGCUCGGACUCUCCAGGCCUUCGACGCCGCCGCCAUGGAGAUGCCUCCGCUGCCCCCUCCGCCCGAAGACCAGGAGCUGCGCAAUGUCAUUGACAAGUUGGCCCAAUUUGUGGCGCGGAACGGCCCCGAGUUUGAGAAGAUGACCAUGGAGAAGCAGAAGGAGAAUCCCAAGUUCUCGUUCCUCUUCGGGGGUGACUUCUAUGGCUACUACAAGUACAAGCUGGCCUUGGAGCAGCAGCAGUUGUUGUGCAAGCAAAGCCAAGACAUGGAGGCACCUGCCCCCCAGAUCCCAGCACUGCCACAGCCACCCCUGGCUCUGACUCCCACUCCUGUCUCAGUGGCUCAGGGGACCCCCUCCAUGGAGGAACUCAUCCAGCAGAGCCAGUGGAACCUGCAGCAGCAGGAGCAGCACCUCCUGGCCCUCAGACAAGAGCAAAUUACUGCUGCCAUCACGCUGGCCAUUGAGCAGCAAAUGCAGAAAGUCUUGGAGGAGACCCAGCUGGAUGUAAACGAGUUUGAUAACUUGCUGCAACCUAUCAUUGACACCUGCACGAAGGAUGCUAUCUCGGUUGGCAAGAACUGGAUGUUCAGUAAUGCCAAGUCUCCCCAGCACUGCGAACUGAUGGCAGGGCAUCUGCGCGACCGCAUCACAGCUGAGAGCGCCCAUUUUGAGCUGCGGCUCCACUUGAUCUACUUGAUCAAUGAUGUCCUCCACCACUGCCAGCGGAAACAGCAACGGGACCUCCUGGCUGCCCUGCAGAAGGUGGUUGUGCCCAUUUACUGCACCAGUUUCCUGGCCGUGGAGGAGGACAAGCAACAGAAGAUCGCCAGGCUCCUUCAGCUGUGGGAGAAGAACGGCUACUUUGAUGAAUCCAUCAUCCAGCAGCUGCAGAGCCCAGCACUUGGACUGGGCCAGUAUCAGGCCACCCUGAUCACAGAGUGUGCCAGUGUGGUGCAGCCUGUCCAGGUUGCCUUCCAACAGCAGAUACAGACCCUGAAGACACAACAUGAGGAGUUUGUCAACAGCCUCAUGCAGCAGCAGCAGCAGCAGCUUCAAAUUGCCCCCCUGGAAAGUGAGGUGAAACCAGCACCCCCUCCAGCUCCAGUGCCUUCUUCAGCUGCUCCCAUCGUGCCAGCAGAUGAGGGAAAGGCUCAGCUACCACUUGCAGGCACUGCUGAGUAUGAAGCCGCAGGGACUGGGGGCACCGAACCUGCUGUGCCUGGACCUCGUGGUCCUCACGAGCACCUUCCGCCUAACAAGCCCCCCUGGUUUGACCAUCCUGUCACUCCAUGGGGCCAACAGCAGCCACCUGACCAGCCGCCAUUCCCACACCACCAGGGGCCCCCCCACUGCCCCCCAUGGAACAGCAACCACGAAGGGAUAUGGAGUGAGCAGCGGGAGCCUGGUUGGAACAACCAGCGCGAAGCCCCCUGGAACAACCAGCCGGAGCCCACUUGGAAUAACCAGUUCGAGGCCCCUUGGAACAACCAGCACGAGCAGCCGCAAUGGGGUGGAGGCCCGAGGGAGCCCCCCUUCCGCAUGCAGCGCCCGCCCCACUUCCGGGGGCCCUUCCCCCCUCACCAGCAGCACCCUCAGUUUAACCAGCCACCGCACCCCCACAACUUCAACCGGUUCCCACCUCGCUUCAUGCAGGAAGACUUCCCUCCCCGGCAUCCCUUCGAGCGGCCCCCGUAUCCUCACCGGUUUGACUACCCCCAGGGGGAUUUUCCUCAAGAGAUUGGCCCCCCACACCACCAUCCUGGGCACCGCAUGCCACACCCUGGAAUCAGUGAGCACCCUCCGUGGGGCGGGCCGCAGCACCCUGACUUUGGGCCCCCUCCUCAUGGAUUUAAUGGGCAGCCCCCCCAUAUGCGCCGGCAGGGGCCCCCUCAUGUCAACCACGAUGACCCCAGCCUGGUGCCCAACGUUCCAUAUUUCGACCUCCCUGCUGGUCUCAUGGCCCCCCUCGUCAAACUGGAAGAUCAUGAGUACAAGCCUUUGGAUCCCAAGGAUAUCCGCCUGCCACCCCCCAUGCCUCCUAGUGAGAGGCUGCUAGCAGCUGUGGAAGCCUUUUACAGCCCUCCAUCCCAUGACAGGCCUCGGAACAGCGAGGGCUGGGAGCAGAAUGGGCUCUAUGAGUUCUUCAGAGCCAAGAUGCGUGCCCGGCGGCGUAAAGGGCAAGAGAAAAGGAACAGUGGCCCCUCGCAGUCCCGCAGCCGCUCCAAAAGCAGAGGCCGAUCUUCCUCCCGUUCCAACUCAAGGUCUUCAAAAUCCUCCGGCUCUUACUCGAGGUCACACUCCCGGUCAGGCUCCCAGUCACGGUCCUAUUCCCGAUCACAGUCCAGGAGCAGAAGUGGAUCACGUUCUUCUGGAAGCCGGUCCCGAUCCCGAUCCAAAUCUUACUCUCCUGGAAGACGCCAUCGGUCCCGAUCUCGCAGCCAAACACCUCCCUCUUCAGCUGGGUUGGGCUCCAGCUCGGGGCCUCCUGUUCCAGAAUCCAGGCUGGGAGAGGAGAAUAAAGGACACCAGAUGCUGGUGAAGAUGGGGUGGAGUGGAUCUGGAGGCCUGGGGGCCAAAGAGCAAGGGAUCCAGGACCCCAUUAAGGGAGGGGAUAUCCGGGACAAGUGGGAUCAGUACAAGGGCGUAGGGGUAGCCCUGGAUGACCCCUACGAGAAUUACCGGAGGAACAAAAGCUAUUCCUUUAUUGCUCGUAUGAAGGCCAGAGAUGAAAGUAAGUAG